AUGUCCCUCCAAACCUUCCACCUCUUUUCCGCCCUUCCAAAAGAACUUCGCGAUCUAGUCUGGCUUCAUGCUCUUCCUCCUCCUCGUAUAAUAGGCGUUGAGGAAACUUUUGAAACGAUUUCCCAUUUUGAAAAGAGGACGUUUGGAAAAGAAAUAGUUGAUGACGAUGUUCAUCCUGAUUUGGAGUAUUUUGGAAUCGAUAUGAUGGCGCCGAUGAUACAGGAAUUUGUGUUGGAUAAUGGGUUGGAUUUUGAGAUUGAGAAUCUGGAGUCUGGCGAAGAAGCAACGGUGCAGAUGGGAAAGGGAAAGGGAAAGGGAAAAGAGAAAGAGGAAAGAGAAUUCGUACCGCUGUAUUUGAGAUCAAGGGAUACUCACUACCGACAAGGUAUCACUCCCUCACGCCUUUCCGACCCCCUGCUCUACUCUUACUACCAAGCCACUCGCCGUGGAUCCCUCUAUUCCCACUCCCCCAUCCCCUCUCUGCUAAAGACAUGUCGCGACUCUCGCUCCUGUAUGCAACGUCUCGGCUACACCCUCACAUUCUCCACUCGCACCUCCCCUCCCCGGAUCUGGUUCAACUACACCCAAGACAUUCUUUUCCUCCGCGCCCUUGAUUCCGACAUCAACGAAGGAAUCAUGUCCGAGCUCGUCGACGGUACCGGAACAAACAUCGGGCAAUUUCGUCCUGUGGAAUUCACACAGGUGAGACGCCUCGCGCUCGAUUUCUCAAAAUGGAUAGGUUGGGAUGAACACUGGCAGUAUGAAAUUUCGCGAGUCGUGAAACUUUUUACGAAUCUAGAUGAGUUGUUCUUGGUGUUGAAUUGCGAUUGGUGGUUCCAGGAUAUUCGCGGAGGCUUUAUUACGGGACUUCCUAAACAUCCUACUUUUGCAUCCGCUUCUUCUUCGCCUACUAAUCCCUAUUUCUCUCCUGAUUCUGCAUCCUCGCGUCCUUUUCCCAUUUCUGAGCAUUGGAAAUCGGGAGGCGGAAUAGAUUGGAGUCAUGGUGGGGGAACCACGUUGAAAACUCCCGCGAAUUCAUCGUUUCCAUGGGGAUUUAGAAACGUAGAGAACGAAGGGGAUUUUUGGAGAAAUUAUGUAACCCCUACGCCUGGAACGUUUGCACUGACGAAUGAUGGGAAUUAUCGGUUCAAGAUUAGGGAGUUUGAGAGAAGGGGGGAGGGGAAUAGGAGGGGAGAGAGAAAAGAUUUUUUCGGGGAGUGGAAGAGAGAGGUGGAGGAGAGUUUGAGGGAGAAAUGGGAGGAGGAUGGAGAGAGAGAUAAUGGGGAGUGGAGUGUGCCGAAGAUACGGUUGGUUUUCUUGAGACAGGAGGAGGGCUUGGAUAACAUCUAA